AUGGAUAAAAAAGAAUCCUCAUCCAAUGCCAUUUGGUGGAUCAAAAAUCCAAAGGCAGUGAAAGACAAGAAAUCCAAAGAGCUGCGUAAGUCAUCUUUGGGAUCUGCCUUUUGCCUUGAUAUGGCAGAUCUGCUGCGGAAUAUAUCGCUGCAAGGAUACAACAAGCUUUUGUCACCGGACCUAACUCUGGGUCAAAGAAUGAUUUGGCUGUUGCUCCACGUGGCCACAACCAUUUCUCUGGUGGUAGUGCUCUCGCUCACGUGGGAGCAGUUCGUGGCCCAGUCCUUCGUGACCAACUUAAAGGAUCCCCUCUAUCCUGUCGAGAAUGUUCCGUUUCCCGCGGUUUCCAUAUGCACCAACAAUAGAAUAUCGCGACAGGCCAUCAUUCGGUAUGCCGAGGAACUGCGUCUGAGCAGUCCUGUGAGCCGUCCCGUAGAAUAUUACUUGGAGCGCCUAAGAUUCUUCCGGGAGUUUUAUGUUCAUGUAGGUGUGGUGGUGGACACCGAUGACUUUGUUACCUUCCAGACCUUUCUCGAUGUCUUUGGUACCUGGAACAAUGAGACCUUCUUUGACACGCGACGCAUCAUGAAACAGCUGACCCCCAGCUGCCAGGAUUUGCUGCUAAAGUGCAGUCUAGCCAAUGUGGAAAUUCCCUGCUUCAGCAGGGAUGCCUUUCAGGAGAGCCUUACCAUGUACGGACCCUGCUGCACCUUCAACAUGGAAAACAAGCUCAAGCAGCGCAACUACAAGAAUCGCCUAGCCAGUUCGGAGCUGGGUCUGACGGUAGUGCUGAACUCUAGCCAAUCCGACUACUUUGCCCCCAUCUUGAACACGAAUGGCUAUAUUGUGUUGGUUCACAAUGCAGAGAACUAUGCCUCUGUUAGCUCCUCGAACGCACUCGAGAUGUUUCCGGGACAGGGAGAGGAUAGUUACCUGCAGAUCUAUGCUCGGGUGGUGGAUACCGAUGACAGUCUAAAGUCAUUCUCCCCAUUUGGUCGACGAUGUUAUUUUGACCACGAGGCGCAAAAUCCCAGCAAUGAACAAGUGAUGAAGACCUACACUUACGCAUACUCCUUCCCAAACUGCAUCACCAGGUGCCGGAUCCGGAGCAUCAUCGCCCUGUGCCGCUGUCUGCCCUUCCAAUUGCCCCUCCAGCUGGUGGAGAACCUCGAUGGAGUGGUGUACUGCACUCUGGGGCAUAUCUCGUGUCUCAACCAGUACAUGUUCAAGUGGCGCAACGUGCUGACGGAAAGGCAUAUAAUCCCGGGUCUGGAGAGGGAGAUCGAGGAGGCCUUGUACUGUCCCCAGUGCCUGCCCUCCUGCAGCGACGUGCAGUACCGCGUAUCAAUGAGUGCCCUGCCCAUAGACAAUUAUCUGGCCACCUUGAAGGUUGACGAGAACAACCAGACCGAGCUCAGCUCGGAUAUCUCCGUGUUGAGGGUUUACUUUGGCGAUCUCUAUGCCCAGUACUACAUCCGUCUACUGAACAACGCCUGGUUCGAGGUGUUCAGUACUAUCGGCAACAUCAUGUCCAUUUUCGUGGGCUUCUCCAUGGUGGCUAUCUUCGAGAUUCUCUUCUUUCUGACCAAGUAUAUCUAUGAGGGCUGCAACCGCAUCGUGGAGCAGAAUAUUAUCGACCGCAAGGCUAAGCAGUUGGAGACCAAAAAGUUGUACAUAUGUCCAUAGAAUGUGGAAU